AUGGUUCCUUUCUUUAUCUACGCGCUUUGCCAGGCGACAACUCUUUCACUCGCCCUUCCUUACUACCCGCUCUAUGCAAUCGAUUCAGGCCGAACGAAACUGGAAAAGCGAGACUACGAGAUCAUAGCGACCAAUUUCUCUUACAUUCAAGGGUCCUACGACACCGAACAACUACAAGCAUUCAAGCAAGCCAAUUCCAAGUUUGCUCCCGUCUCGUACAUCAACUCCGGCAUUGCAAAUGCGAUGGAACUAGAAAUGGCGGGAAGAAUGAAUGUCGCCUUUUACUGGGCCGGUAACCUGACCGACAGUCUGUCAUCCACCGACACGAAAUUUCGUAUGCAUCUGGCUCCGGCCGUUUCCCCCCUGAAAGCAAGUAAUGUGAUAGGAAAUGUUAGCACAAAAGAUGGAUACGUUACGUUUCUACGCUUUGGUGAUGAGAUUGUAAAGAUUGUUGACGUGACAGACAACGGGUCGUUUGUUACUGUUGCUAGAGGAUUUGAUGGUAGCCAGGCUAUGUCGUACAAAGCCGGGGUUAGUGUGUUUGCUCCUGUUUAUAACUCGGAAGGGUUUCCUGGUGGAACCGACGAGAUAAGGUAUACUGUAAACCCGAUGCAGCAGUUUGCAGUCGACAGACUGGUCAAUCAUACUCUCGAAGUCGUCAGCUAUGGAUACAAGGGAUCUUGGUUUGAUCUCUUCUCUGAUCAUCAAUACGAUGCGGUCGACAUGGGUGGCAAGCGACUAAAGGCAACGUGGGAUUUCACGAGCAAUGCGUAUUACACCGAACAGAGUUUGUUAGAAGUACAGAAGGAGAGACUAGAGAAAGUGUGGAGUAUGGUCAAUAAAAAGUUGGGUUACUAUCCUACAAUAUUGGCUAAUAACGUGGCUUCGUGCUACUCGCGUGGAAAUGCUUCAGGUGAAUGCAGUCAGCUACUUGAAAAAACGCAGACUUUUAGACCACUAGACGGAUAUUGUUUAGAACAAUUUUGUGGCAUGGAGCAGAAUGGUAACUCGUAUCAAUCAGGAUGCGAUCCAACUAAGCUGUCGUUUAAUUGGGUACCUACACAGGAAUGGAUAAAACAUGUGCAGAUUGUGAUGGAUGCAGCACAGAGAAACUUGGCUGUGUUUCCUAUGGUUGCACAGGCCGGAUGCAAGUCUGUGAAACUAGAAAUGAUGGGCUCACUUCGAGACAAAUUUGAGAACUUUGCAUAUGCUAGUUACUUGUUGGCUGUGGAAGACCCAUCGGGUGUGACAAGAUUGGGCAUUCCUGCAUUCUACCAGUCAGGUGGAAAGAGAUAUGCUUAUGUUCAUCCGCGAUACACGUGGCCUAUUGGAAAACCGUCUAAAACAGUUCCGGCCGUUAGAAUAAUGGAAUAUCAAGCACACGGUCACAAGUCAUUCGUGAGACCGUUUACAGGAGGGAUGGUGGUCGUUAAUCCAUAUAACCAGACAGACACUCAAAUUUAUCUAGAUGGCUCUUACUACGACCCUGUGUCACAAACGAUGGUGGAUGCUUUGACUAGUAAGGCUCAAACAGGUUACAUACUGCUGAAGAAGAAAGUGGAUUAGUGGUCGAUACAUGCAUGGUGGGAGGCUAGCUGUAUGCACGUAUAAUUCUUGGCAUUGAGCACUCGUAUAGUUCGAUCACAGGAUGUGGUUCGUGUUUUCAUGUCAGUCACACACUCUAUGUGGCGUAGCUAAGAUUAUUUUACCGAGACAAGUUGAUAUAAAUAAUCAAAUUUAUAUCAAUCACAAUUUAUAUCAAGCUGUAGUACGAUAAAAUCUAUUACU